AUGACCGAUUUGAGAGCGAUGUUCACUCGACUGAGUCUUUAUAACAAUGGGAGUCUUCUAGCUGAGUUGCAGGUUAAACCUGCGUGGUUAGAUCAAAUUAAGGAUAAUCAGUUGGGGGAUAAGUCUCUUGAGUUACGAUUCCGUCAGGUUGAGGCUGGUUCUACCAUUGAUUUUAGGAUUGACAGUGAUGGGGUGUUGCAUUUACGAGAUAUAAUUUGUUUACUUAAUGAUGAGGAUUUGAAGUUGUCGAUUCUGAGGGAGGCGCAUAGUAGCCCUCAUGCUAUGCAUCCUGAUGGCAACAAAAUGUAUAGGGAUCUUAGAGAGUUGUACUGGUGGCCAGGGUUGAAACAUGGGGUGACGGACUUUGUUGCUCGUUGUUUGACUUGCCAACAAUUUAAGGCUGAGCAUCAAUUACCUUCGAGUUUGCUUUAG